UCAAAGUAGAAUCUGAUUUUACACUACAAACAUGAACUGCCUGAAGAUCUGCGGCUUUUUCUUUGCGCUGAUUGUGGCUCUGACGACGGCAGAGGCUUCGACCCAAGUGUUGAACGCUGGCGGCCACACUCUGAUUCAGACGGAUCGCUCUCAGUACAUACGCAAGAACUAAUAGAAUGCACAACACAAGAAAUAAAAACACUUAAAAUCUA